GUUUUUUUUCUCUCCUUUGUAACAAUUUAAUUUUGUUUAAACAUCAUUUUUUUCAAAGUCAUUUGUUUUCAAUUUCGUCUUCAAUUUUGUUCAUUUGUGUGAUCAAUUGUAGUUGUCAGCUAGUUUUUAAUCUGAAAUAACAAUCAACGAAUAUAUAACCAAUUAUGAAUCGUGAUAAAGAAUUGCCUUCAAAUGAUGAUGAUGAUGAUAAUCAUCCAAAUGAAUCAAUACCAUUGUUUAAAAAUAAUGAUGAAAAUGUAAAAAUCAUAAAAAAUGAAUCGAAUGAACAUGCUAAAAAUGCUAAACAUCUAUCUGUUCAUUAUCAAGUGGAUCAAGAUAAUAAAGAUUCAAAUGAACAGCAGCCACAAACACCGGAUCAAGAUGAUGGUAACGGUACACUUCGAUCUAAUUCAGCAUACGGUACUCAUUAUGAUACAAAAAAUUUAAAAAGUUUUAAAAAUUAUACACGUGAAGCUCUACCACGAAUGGAAUUCUAUCGUAAUCUAAUGUCUAUUGUUCGAUUUCAUGGCCACGGUCAUGGUAAUCGACCAACAUUGGAUGAAUUACAUGGAAAUCAAACAAGUAUUUCAUUGGAUAAUUCAAAUGAAAAAGGAAUGAAUUUUCCCGUAUCACCGGCUGACAAUUUCGAUCCAUCCAAAGUUGUUAAAUUUGGCUGGAUCAAAGGUGUACUUGUUAGAAAUUUGCUCAACAUUUGGGGUGUUAUUUUAUUUCUUCGAUUAUCAUGGGUGGGUGGACAGACUGGUCUUAUUUAUGGCAUAUUGAUCAUUCUAUUAGCUUCACUUUGUACAACAUUAACUGCCAUGUCAAUGUCGGCUAUCUGUACAAAUGGCGAAGUUAAAGGUGGUGGAACAUAUUAUAUGAUCAGUCGAUCAUUGGGUCCAGAAUUUGGUGGUGCCAUCGGAAUCAUAUUUUCAUUAGCAAAUGCCGUAGCUGUAGCCAUGUAUACAGUUGGUUUUGCCGAAACUUUUCGAGAUGUUGUUUGGCCUGAAGAUGAAUCAAUCAACACGGUUCGAAUUAUAAGCUGUAUUACAGUGGUCGUUUUGUUGGCCAUCGUUUUCAUCGGUACUGCUUGGGAAGCCAAAGCACAAGUUUUCUUGUUGAUCAUCUUGGUGACCGCUAUGUUGGAUUUUAUUGCCGGAUCCAUUCUUGGUCCAGUCAAUGAUCAGCAAAUUGCACGUGGUUAUUUUGGUUGGAAUACUGAAAUACUUAAGCAAAAUAUGAUGCCCGAUUAUCGUAAUGGUAAUAAUUUUUUCUCCCUAUUUGCUGUCUAUUUUCCGGCCGCAACUGGAAUUCUUGCCGGUGCUAAUAUUUCCGGUGAUCUUAAAGAUCCAUCCAAAGCUAUACCCAAAGGAACAUUUUUAGCCAUAGGAAUUACAACAAUCACUUACAUAGCAUUUCAUUUUAUUGUAAAUGCAAAUGUUGUUCGUGAUGCAAAUGGCCUUGUAGAAUUGAUCAUAAGUGAUAACCAAACCGGUCGAUUACUUCCAAAUGUACUCGAAGCAGUUCAAAAUUGUCCUAACACUAGUUGCUCAUAUGGUUUGGUAAAUUAUUAUCAGAUUGUAGAAAUGAUGUCUAUGUUUGGUCCUGUUAUUUAUGCCGGUAUAUUUGCUGCUGCCUUAUCAUCCGCAUUGGCUAGUCUGGUUUCCGCACCAAAAGUAUUUCAAGCAUUAUGUAAUGAUCGCUUGUUUCCGUAUAUAUCAUUUUUUGGCAAAGGAUAUGGUCCAAAUAAUGAGCCAAGACCGGGCUACUUACUCGCAUUUGCUAUUGCCAUGUGUUGUUGUCUAUUGGGCGAAUUGAAUCUAAUUGCACCUAUUAUUUCGAAUUUCUUUCUGGCCGCUUAUACUUUGAUCAAUUUUUCCUGUUUUCAUGCUAGUUUCUCUCGAUCGCCUGGUUUUCGCCCAAGUUUUCGUUAUUAUAAUCAAUGGUUGUCACUAAUUAGUGCUAUUUUGAUGACAUUGGUCAUGUUCAUCACUAGCUGGUCGACAGCUUUACUUACAUUUUUGAUAAUUUUAGUUCUCUACAUGUGGAUUCUUUAUCGUAAACCAGAUGUGAAUUGGGGCUCAUCAACACAAGCACAAACUUAUCGUUCAGCAUUAACUUCGGUUCAUCGUUUGAAUGCCGUACCUGAACAUGUAAAAAACUAUCGACCACAAAUUCUUUUCCUAUCUGGCCAUCCAAAACAUCGUCCUGAUCAUGUUGAUCUUGCUCAUUUGAUUAUAAAAAAUAGUGGCUUAUUAUUAUGUGGUAAUGUUGUAAUCGAACCAAUUUCUGUUCGAACACAAUUCAAAUUACAAAACGAUUCAAAUCAAUGGCUAAUGCAACAAAACAUUAAAGCUUUUGUCGAUAUUAUGCAAGAAAAUGAUUUUCAUAAAGGUUCACGUGCAUUAAUUCAACUAAGUGGAAUUGGAAAAUUACGACCAAAUAUUAUUAUGUUAGGAUUUAAAACCGAUUGGAAUAAUUGUGAAUCAAAAUGCUUGCUUGAUUAUUUCAACACUAUUCACACUAUUUUCGAUUAUCAUUUAUCGAUCGUAAUUUUUCGCCAUAAUCAAUCGAUACAACAACAAAAUGGAAACGAUAAUGAUAAAACAACGAAUCUCGAUGAUCCUUUAACCGAUGAUAUGAAUAGUUCAUCAACAAAUGUUGAUUCAGAAAAUCCUAAAUUGGAAAUUUCAAAUCCAAAAACAAGAUUGUUUCUGACAAAACAGCCAAAAGGUUCAUGUAUUGAUGUUUGGUGGCUAUAUGAUGAUGGUGGUCUUACUCUUUUAUUGCCUUAUUUAAUACGUUCAAAUCCACAAUGGAAUGGAUGUAAACUUCGUGUUUUUGCUUUGGCCAACAAACAAUCCGAACUAGAUAUCGAACAACGAAAUAUGGCAACAUUAUUAUCGAAAUUUCGUAUCGAUUUCUCAUCAGUUACAUUAAUUACUGAUAUAUUGAAACCACCGAAAGAAGAAUCAAAAAUAGAAUUUGAUAAUUUAAUUGAAAAAUAUUUACAAAAAGAUGAUGAACAAGAAAACGAAUGUAAAGAUUUUCUAAUCACAAACGAUGAUUUAGAACAAUUCAAAGAAAAGAAUAAUCGAAAUAUACGAUUGCGAGAAUUAUUGUUACAACAUUCAAAAGAUGCUCGAUUGAUUGUAAUGACAUUACCAAUGCCAAGAAAAGAUACCUGUCCACCAUCAUUAUAUAUGGCUUGGUUAGAUACAUUAACUCGAGAUAUGCCACCAAUAAUGUUGAUGCGUGGUAAUCAAACUAAUGUAUUGACGUUUUAUUCAUAAAAAUCAAACCUUCAUCAUCUUUCGAACAUUUAUGUUACUUAUGUUCGAAAAAUUUGAGAUUUAAGAUCAAAACAAAAAAAAUUACACGAAAAU